CACCUCCAAGUCAGCACCACACCAACACUGGGAUACCCCGGUUAUAGAGUUCCAUACUAUGAGGCUCAAGAUCAAAUACUGUCUAUGGCUCAACCUCCCUCUCCUGAUACUGCAACAGUCAGCUUCCUGGAGGUGGUGAAGAAGAAUGACCCACUUCCCUGUGACAAAGAACAGGACAUCUUCAUCCGGUACACUAUAGUUGGAGAGGUUCACAGAUUUGUGGAUUUGAUGUAUCUGGUCUUGUCCAGAGGAGCUAUCUCUCUGCAAGGACUUAAAAGGUUACAAAUCGGUGAUAAAUCAGUAACUGAGGGUGAGGUGUCCUUCAAGUUGAAAGUGUCUCCAAAGAUGGCGCCAGUUGUUCAGAUUGUCGCUUACGUCGUCCUGCCCAGUGAGACGGUGAUCGCCAACAGUGCUGACUUCCCCACUGAGAAAUGCUUCAGUAACAAGGACAACAGAUGGAACAAAGGGGCUUGUGGGUUUCACGCCACUGCUCCAGUCAUAAGUUAA